CUUUGUGAUCCGGGGUCCAGGAUCCUUUUUUCUCUCAAUUUUUAGGUUCCAUGGACCGGCUGCGGUUGCGAUGCUACUCCUAGGUGGCAGGUGCUCGAUGCUAGAUGCUGGGUACGGAGUACAGGGUGUGUCCAACCAAAGGGAGGGGGACUCAGGCUCGGAUACACUAGCUAGACCACUUACCCCUAACCUUGCCUUGGCUAUAUUAAACAUUGAAGCGUGCGGCCCAACCAGCAUCACGAGAAUUCGAUUGCCUAGAGACAAGUGGGGAGUCUCGUGGCCGAGCUUGGUCAUUAACGAAUGCAGCAGCCAGUGAGAGCCCGUCGUUGAUCUUUUUUUCACUACGAAGUGCGGUGCUGUGAUAUUUAACCUAACGCCCGCGCAGAGGCGCAGGUGGGGAUCCAUAGAUAUGUACUCCGUAGGGUAUCUUCCAUUCGAUCUUCCCAUGUGAGGAACUGAG